ACCUUUCAGUCUUUGAUAAAAUGCGUGAGAUUCUUCACAUUCAGGGGGGCCAAUGCGGCAACCAGAUCGGUGCCAAGUUUUGGGAGGUGGUUUGCGCCGAGCACGGUAUCGAUUCCACGGGACGGUACCAAGGAGACAACGAUUUGCAACUGGAGCGCCUGAAUGUUUACUACAAUGAAGCGAGUUGCGGUAGGUUCGUUCCACGCGCCGUCCUCAUGGAUCUGGAGCCCGGCACCAUGGACAGUGUUAGAUCCGGCCCCUACGGGCAGAUUUUCAGGCCCGACAACUUUGUUUUCGGGCAGUCCGGCGCGGGGAAUAACUGGGCCAAGGGUCAUUACACGGAAGGGGCUGAAUUGAUUGACUCAGUGCUUGAUGUGGUGAGGAAAGAAGCUGAGAACUGUGACUGCUUGCAAGGAUUUCAGGUAUGUCACUCGUUGGGAGGUGGAACUGGAUCGGGCAUGGGAACACUUCUGAUUUCCAAGAUCAGAGAGGAAUACCCAGACCGAAUGAUGCUCACUUUCUCUGUUUUCCCAUCCCCUAAGGUGUCUGACACUGUUGUCGAACCUUACAAUGCCACUCUUUCUGUUCACCAACUUGUUGAGAAUGCAGAUGAAUGUAUGGUUUUGGACAAUGAAGCUUUGUAUGAUAUUUGCUUCCGUACUCUCAAACUCACGACUCCAAGCUUUGGAGACUUGAACCACCUAAUUUCUGCCACCAUGAGUGGUGUAACUUGCUGCCUUCGCUUCCCUGGUCAACUCAACUCAGAUCUGCGCAAGCUUGCUGUUAAUCUCAUUCCAUUCCCUCGGCUGCAUUUCUUCAUGGUUGGCUUUGCUCCACUUACAUCUCGAGGGUCCCAGCAGUACAGGGCUCUUACUGUCCCAGAGCUCACUCAACAAAUGUGGGAUGCCAAAAACAUGAUGUGUGCUGCUGAUCCUCGCCAUGGGCGAUACUUAACUGUUUCAGCCAUGUUCCGUGGCAAGAUGAGCACAAAGGAGGUUGAUGAACAGAUGAUUAAUGUACAGAAUAAGAACUCAUCCUACUUUGUGGAGUGGAUCCCCAAUAAUGUGAAGUCUACUGUUUGCGAUAUUCCACCAAUUGGCUUGAAGAUAUCCUCAACAUUCAUUGGAAACUCAACAUCAAUUCAGGAAAUGUUCCGGAGAGUAAGUGAGCAGUUCACAGCUAUGUUCCGCAGGAAGGCUUUCUUGCACUGGUAUACUGGAGAGGGAAUGGACGAGAUGGAGUUUACUGAGGCUGAGAGCAACAUGAAUGAUCUGGUUUCUGAGUACCAACAAUAUCAAGAUGCAACAGCUGAUGAGGAGGGGUAUGAUUAUGAGGAGGAGGAGGAGGAGGAGGAUGAACUCCAGGAACAGUAGUGUGCUUGUGGCUGACUUACAGUUUUCUUUGUUAAUGUUGUGAGUUGAAAUUUUUUACCUGAAUACCUUGUUUGGGUGUUUGGAUUGUGGUUAUGCGUCUAGUCUCCUGGCCUAUGGUUUUUGUUUGCUUAUGGUAAUGGUUUAGAGAGUUUUGUUUAUGAACAUCUUGACUUCAGUAGCUACUGAAUGCAUAUGAAUUUUCGACUUUAAUUCUUUGCAAUGUUUGUAUUGCAUGUUGCUUUUUGUUAAUCUGCCUUAGUUGAGGAGAAUACGUUCUCUCAUUUGUUAUCAAAUUCCCAUUAGUUUUCUGAUGUGAUGUGAGGAGAACAUGCCUUGUCCUUCAGGCUGUAUGCUUUGCUUGUCUGCUUCUGUUUCAUAAUUUCACACUUGCCAGGUUUUGUCUAAACUCUAAAAGCAUGUGUUGCCAAAGUGAUCUGUUCAGUUUUUUAGGCCUUUCCAAACAAGAUAAGAAAACUCUUUGGCACUUGGUUUGCAUAAAAAUUUCACAAUGUUAUGGUAGGAUUCAUUCUACAAAUUAAAGUUUUGCUUAAUAGGAAGUAUGAAAAGAGGUGAGGAUGAAAAUUUUUUAAUCUAAUGGUUAUGAAUUUUAAUUAUUGGAUCAAAAUGUUUUUCAUCAUUCUUACCAAGCAAAGCUUAAGAAUCUAAUUCCAUGAUACGGAAGUAUUCAUGUUAUAUAAAUAUUAGAAACCAUUGUUUAUAGGAACAACUCUUAAUUAUUUGUGAAGUUACCCUAUCCCCAUAUGUUUGGAAUGGAAGUACUUUUUGUUUCUCACAUGAAAUCAGCGCAUAUGGUAUUUACUGAAGUUACAGACUUGGGGACCUCAGAGGUGGAGACUAGAGCCAAGGAAGUGAUGUGCAGUCUGCAGUCUUUGGGAGAUAAUCAGUGAUAGAAACUUUCUUUGGGACUUUGAAAGCCUGCAAAACUCCAGCACCUCUGCCUCGCCAAUAUUCCAUCCUUCUCUUGGAACCAUUCGCAGUUUAUUACCCCAUAGAUAAUUAGCAUU